CUUGCUGCAAUCAUCGCUCAAUAUCGAAGCCGACGGCGACGCAGUAAAAAUCGACCCAGUUCCUCCUCCCUCCGAAUCUCGAGAUCCUCGCUCUCGAGUUUGAACCCCUCCCCGCAUUUCCCACCCCUAGUUCGCCUUUCGCACACACGCACAUCAUGGCCGACAUCCAGGAGCGCCUCAAGAAGCUUGGCCAGCCAGGCCGAACUGGUGGAAAGGGAACUCCCCGAAGACCCGCCAAGCGCGCUCCCGCCCGAUCCAACGCCGAUGACAAGAAGCUCCAGGCCCAGCUGAAGAAGCUCAACACUCAGCCCAUCCAGGCCAUCGAGGAGGUCAACAUGUUCAAGUCCGACGGCAACGUCAUCCACUUUGCCGCUCCCAAGGUCCACGCCGCCGUUCAGAGCAACACCUUCGCCAUCUACGGCAACGGUGAGGAUAAGGAGCUCACCGAGCUUGUUCCCGGCAUCCUGAACCAGCUUGGCCCCGACUCCCUGGCCUCCCUCCGCAAGCUGGCCGAGAGCUACCAGAACAUGCAGAAGGCUGGUGAGAAGGGCGAGGAUGACGACGAUAUCCCCGACCUGGUUGAGGGCGAGAACUUUGAGAGCAAGGUCGAGUAAGGUUCUUGACUGAAUCUUGAAAAAGAAAGAGAAGAGAAAAAAGAGAAAAAAACAAGGGCAUGUAUUUUGUAAAUGGAUACAAAAAAGAGCUGAAAGGAUUCUUUUUUUUUUUUUUUGGCUGGUGGGCACGCCUGGUCUUUCUUUGUUUUUGUCGACACGCUUCUGAGCUUGCGAGACGACAAGAACUUGGUUUUAAACGAGCUGAGAGACUGCGCUUUGGGAUGAGAGAGAGGAAUAAUAAUGUACACUCUCUUAAAACCGCCCCUUUCCGCAGAUAUUUCUGCAAGUUUGCCAAUGAUUUUCUGGUUUUUUUUUUGUAACGAUUACUUGAACGCUUUAUACCCGUCGGCUUGGUGCUCAUUUGAUGAAAGACUUGCCCGGCGCGGGCAAAAGACAUGCGGCGGACGUCAAAGAGCGUGGUGACGGAUGCGACCAAGAGAUAAAGGGGCGGGUUUGUACAAAAAUACAUGAACUGCAUCCACAAGAGAGAAAACCGGAAGCUAUCAAAAAGUCUCAAUCUCAUGUGCCCCCGUCAUGGCUCUCGUUGGCACUCCCGCCGGCAGAAUUCGUUGCCCAAGAGCCGCAUAUCCUCAGGAAAGCAAAGCCAGUAGUCCCCCUGCACCUCAAGUCCCGAGUCCCUCCAAAAAGCUCAUCUAUAUCCCAAAGCCCGAGUCUCCUUGGUUUUGAACCCACCCUUUGAGGGAAAGCUGCCGCACUUGAGAUUUGACAUGCCUCCGCUCCGCUAAUAGUGGCCCAUCUUUGACGUCCUGGUAACUGCCCGCUGACGAGAAGUGCUCUUGAAGUCCCGAAUGCUCCCCGGCAUCAGUAGCAGACAGCUUAUCAGACAGUUGUUUUGCCGUAAUCCACAUCUGCCUUCUGGACGUUUUGCUAGCGCCCCUCACAUCGAAUUGCUUCCUCCCCUGAAGCACACCUCCCAAAAUCGUCUCCUCAAACCCAGAAGCCGACCACGUAGCCGCGAGAUUGCUUGCCGAGAUGAUGC